UGUGGGGUUUUUCUGGGACAAAGUGGGGUGCGGGUGGGGGUCUCUGUGACGUCCGCCGUGAACAUCCGUCUCUCCUCCUGGUCCUGGACCACAGCGCGACCAACCCACCUGCGUGCUUUUAAAGCAAAAUGGCGGCACUGAAGCAGCAGACGGACGCACACGAGAUGAGACGCGAGGCGGAGUGACGACAAAGUUGUGUGGACACGAGUGGACGUGACUCCGAGCUGAGUUUUCCUUUAAGAUCAGUGAUGUGGAGUCAGAGCUUCAACACAGACGGAAAUCACCGUUACUAUGUCUGACGUGAAGCCACAGAAUGCACGAGAGGACAAAGACGUGGCGUCAAUGUCUGACAGGCCGGGUCACACUCAGGAGCCAUUACAGAGUCACACUUUUUGUCUGAAAAACAAUGCUGCAGGCCCGUCCUCCGAGGAGCACGAAAACCCUUUAAAUGGAACCCAGCUGAUUCCAUUUGUAUACAGCAGUGUCCCUGCUGUUCCCCAAGCAGGCAAUUCAUUGCCUUCAGGAGCACUUGUUAAUGGACCUGCUUCACACCCCACCUCAGAGGUGCACCGUGUCCUGAACAAAGGUGCCGCUUCAUCCAACAAUGUCCCGGGCGCCGCGUGGCAAGAGGGGAAGAACAUGAGCCCUGAGGUGUUGCCACCACCUAGUGAGCUUCAAUCAGACGCUUGGAAAAACACAGUGGGGCCCACUGUAAAAACACCGGCCACACAGCCAUGUGUCAACACGCCGCCAUCUCACUCAAAGAAGAAUGAGUCUAAACUGGCCUGUUCUGCUCCAUCAGGUGACAGCGUGGAGCAAACGCAUGUUAGCAUACCUCACACAAAAGAAACAAUAGAAAUGAGAUCUCAGAUCUCCUCUGAUGAUUACGGUGAUGCUGAAGUAAUCAGGUGGGAUUCAACAAGAGACUGGGUCUUACAUGGUGGUGAAAAGCAGGGGAGUGGAGUGCAGCAGCACAGUAGUCAUGUAAAAAGCAUGUGGGGCUCUGGAGAAAAGGUCAACAACAGCUUAAAUCACACAUGCAGCCGUAAUGAUGCUGGAAAUGUUGACAAUGCUCACAAAGAUGAUUCUGUAGUUGCACAGUGUGGUAUUAAAUAUUCUGCGUUGCCAUUCAGAAAUCGUUCAAGGAACAUGGUGUUAGAGAGAGAACAUUGUGUUUGUAGUGAAGCACAGCGAGGCUGUAAUGAUGAAAAUGACCCUGAACAUAAAGAAGGUGUUAGUCAAGAAGUAGAACAGCUGAAAACAGAGCAACUCCAUCCAUCUUUCUUUUCGUGCACAAUGUGCGACAUUAACUUCAAGGAAAAAACACAUUUCCAUAGACAUAUGAUGUAUCAUUUAGGCAAGCAUAAUCAGGUGAAGAGCGAGGCCUUUAUAUGCACGGAGUGUGGGCGUUUGUUCUGUGAUAGGAACUCCCUCAUGAGGCACAUCAUUAUUCACCGAGACAAGCUGCAACUUAUGAAACUGAUGGAGGAAAUCAAAGGCCUCAGGAACGUGGAAUCUGAAGGCGGGGGCACCACAGCGUUGUGCCCUCACCCCGCCUCGGUUUGCAGGUGUCCAAAAAUCUUGGUCCAGCAUGCGGCGACGCGCAACAAUGUGAAGCACUACUACUUCUGUGACGAGUGUGACUAUGUCACGCUCACACAGCAGGCACUCAAACUACACUUACGUGUCACACACCGCACUCAGGACACCGCAACGAUUCACGCCAGCCACGCCGAGAAAGCUGCACAUGUCCAGUUUCAGUGUAAAAUGGGGAUUCUGCAGAGUCAGCGUUCACACCAGCCUGGAGCUGAAGCCUUUUUCUCCAAGCGUUUCAGUGGAAAAGAGGACGGUCACUUGCAGACGUCCACUGUCCCCUCCCCUCAGGUCAAGCUCCACAUCAGCUGCAACAAACGAGCACCAUCGCCGUAUUUGUGGAGGAUCAGCAGGCACGGGAAUUUAUGCCUGCGGCCGGGAGACAAUCUCGACGUGCCAACUGAUCUCACCUGUGCGGUGGAAGAAGACGGCGCUGAAAGAAAUGGCUGCUCGGCGCAAAGGAACCGUGCUGACACUGGAGCGGUCUUACCAUCAUCUCCAAGUCUUGAGUUAGACCAGGUGUCUUGUGAGGGAAGCACACAAGGCCGAGUUAACCAAAAAUCUCUAUCAAUGAGGAACAUGUCAACACUUCUCCAAAGCAGUAUUGACAAAGUGAAAGGUUGUGUUUUUCCAGGUUUUAGCCAGAGGCAGAGGAAACACUCUGCUGUCAGGGAGCUGGAGAAAGGCUGUGAGGCUAACCAGAGUGAAGGGAACCCGUAUGAUCAGAGGUGUUCCGCCAAAGACCAAAGUCAAGAUGAUGAGGCUGAAGACUGCAGUGACAUAGAGCAGCUCGUCAUCAAGGAGGAGUUUCUCGAAACGUCAGUGUGUGAAAAUCCACAAGAAUCGCCGUACGCGUCCAAAAGGGACAGCUUUGGUGUCUCAUCCUCGCAAGUGCUCAAACACAAGCGCUGUCCGUACUGCCCGGCCAUGUUUGAGUCCGGAGUAGGUCUGUCCAAUCACAUGCGAGGGCACCUUCAUCGAGCUGGAUUCAACUAUAACGCUCGACACAUGGUGACGCCGGAGCAAGUGGUGCUGCAGGACCAUCGCCUGCGAACCAGAAGGAGGACCCGCACCGCAAUGAGGAAAACCAGAAAAGCUAUGAAGCCAGAAACCAGGGGGAAACAUAUGUGUCCACUAUACUGCGGUCAGUUUGAUACAAAGACCGGCCUCUCCAACCAUGUGAGGGGACACCUGAAGAAAAUAGGUAGAAGUGUCAGCGGCACCACUAAGUCCCCGCUGUGCAUCUUGAACGGACUGCUGCUGGACAAAAAGGAGCAUGAGCACAUCCUGCGGGUUCUCAAGAAGGACCAACCUCCAGCCUCUCAGAAGAUCAGCAGCAGCAACAGCAGUCUGGACGUGAUGCAUGCUGUUCUACCAGUGACAUUCCAGUGUGAGAUGAAGAGGCCACAAACCACAGGAGGUGGAUUUGUACCAAACCAUGAGGUGCAGACCUUCACAGAGAAGAUGCAGUGCCAGACAGAAGCACACAGAGGUAUCAAGGCCUCCUCUAGUACUUUAGCUAAACUGCUCAAGACCAGACGAGAACUUAUGGAGCUACCAACAAGAAGCAGCCAGAAAGAGUGCGCUGCCAGAAAGCUCUGCAGUGAGGAGACGACAAGUGUGGAGCAAAACCACAUUCAAGCAAAAAGACCCAUGUCUUGCCCAGUCCGGCCGAUGGCCUCUCUGUGUGGAGUUGGCAUGUUCUCUCCAUGCACAUGUGAGCCCAGACAGAUUUGCUUCCCUGCUGCUGUCAGUCUGUCUGCUCGUCUCCAUGGCGAUUCAAGCAGGAAGAGGUUUGCUCUUUUUGAAGAUUCAGGUUGUGACCGCAAACAGGAGAGACUGAGGCCCGAACAGAAGCAGAGUUCACCCUCCUUCAACGCUCAGAUGUACACGCUCACCUGCAGAUUCUGUGAUCUAGUCUUCGAGGGCCCUCUUUCUAUUCAGGAGGACUGGAUCAGGCAUUUACAGAGGCACCUUCUGCACAACAGUGUGCCUCACUCAGGAACCAGCAUGGUGGAGGUUUUAGAGUCUUGGUCACAAAACACACAUAAGCAUGUUUAAUAGGCACACAAAGUUAUGCAACUUGUUAUGUUAGAUUCAUCUGCAACUGCUUGUGUACGCAUAUAAUAGUUAAGAUAGUAAAAGUAAUAAUAAUGGUCAAUGGCUUAUCCCAUUAGCUAAUACAACUUGUGAUUUGUUUUCCCUGUUGUUUACAUUGGACAUGACAGCAGCAGAAAACACAGUGACAGAGCUAAAUAUUGGAAAAAGUAUAUUUUGCAUGCAUUUCACAUGAUUAAGAAGUGCCUUAUAAUUAUUAUUAUUGUUAUUAUCGUGAUGAAAGCGAUAUUUUUAAAAACAUUAUCAUAGAAUAGAAUGAUACUUGUAACUUAGAGACACCUCUGAUUAUAUAUGUAUUUUAAUAAAUCUCUUGCCAAAGUUUAAAUUAAGCAUUGCCACUGCUGUACUUGCUAAAUGAAUUCAUUAUUGUGUUCUGCUGAACCUUCUGUUUCUGUUUGAAUUAUAUCAAGAAAACUUUUGUAAAAAAAACUUUAGUUAAAGCCACCUAUUGUUAUUCUCUCUUAUAGUGGCACCUCUGUAUUUCCGAAGGAUUUCAUUCUCACAUGAAUAGCAAUGUGUUGUCAUUAUGACUUUUAAUAUUCAUACUGUAUAUACUGCUUUAAAAGCCAAUAUAAUUCAGAUAAAGUAACUGUACCUACAUUUAUCUUAAUUAAAUACACAUUUAAGCUCUAUAAUAAACAUUUGGUUUAUCAUUUUAUUUAUGUACAUAUUAUGUCUUGAAACAUUCAAUUACACUCGAGUAGAUAACAUAACGGUAAUAUUCCUAUUUCGAUCUCUUCAUUCAACAUGUUGAAUUAUAAUAUUAAAUUGUCUUUCUUACUGUUCUCACAUUUCCAUUCAGUUUUGAUUCCUGCUUCUCUGAUCACAUGUUCUCACAUGUUCUUUUUUGUUUGCACCCGUGUCACGUCCCUUAUAGCACUCACCCAUUCAGUCUAUAUGCAAGACUUAUAUGGCAUAAAAAUAAAUACAGGUCUCGAAGUAUUCCCGCACCGCGCCGCGAUAUGGCUCUCAACCUAACAUUCAUUAUUAGAAGCACAAUCGGGCUCAUUUUAGCAAUGCGGCUAGUGUUUGUUCACUUAUGUACGUUGUUGGCUUAGAAAAGCCACUAUAUGCUGUCAGCGGUAAAAAGUGCUUGCGGCACGAGUCUGACCGUAGAGCAGCCGUGCGCACAGUACAUCAGGGCAAGACAAAAUGCCAUGUGUUUAGCAUAGCAUGCCAACAUGUACGUUUUUAAUAAACAUUGUUGAAGCUACGGCAAGCUAUGAGAGCCAGUCAUAAGGUUUCAGGAGUGUUUGCUCCUCAUAAUCCUCACAUUUCAGAGAUGGGGUAUAGAAAAAGGCUGAAGUGUAAGACAUUUUAUUAAGAGUACAGGUUUGUAUGUUGUCAAAUAUCUUUUGCUGUAUCUACUGUAAAAGGAAAAUGCUUAAGUUGCACUUGUAUUAUUUUUGUUUUGCACUAGUGUUUGCAGUUGUGAUGAAAUCUGUCUUACUGUGUUACUGUUAAUGUUAAGUAUUUGUACUUUUCUGUGCAAGGGACUCACAAUCUGUCCUGUGCCAGGGUGGUGAACACCAAACCAAAAUUAGGUUUAUAAUAUUUUUACAAUAAAGUUUGUUAUGAUAAGAUAUAACAGGAA